AUGGGGCAAGUAUUUGUUUGUGAAUGCUGCGGAGAGCAGUCUAAAUGUAUAAUUGAUCAAAACGAAGUGGAAAUAGUGCGGCCAAGACAUUGUAUUUUGGAAGCUCAACGCAGAAUGGGUUAUAUUCCAGUAGUAACAUGUAGCCCAAUGUCCUCAAGGAAUCAAACUCCACGCUCAGUAAUUUCAUCGUAUUUCCAUUCACCGCGAGGAAAUGAGUUAUAUUAA